AUGCGACUCGAAACGAUCUCGGAAAAUUCAAAGCAAAUCCUUGACACCAUGAGGGGUUUGAUUGAGAAAGGGGAGACGGAUCGUUUGAAGGAGAACACAGACGGAUGGCAGUACGGGGGCAAUGAGUUCAAUAAGGCCGUGGAGUCUCUUCGACAAGGGAUGCAACAAGAACUGAAAAGCCAAGGGUUCCAUGUCGUCGGCUGUACAGUGCGACACUUCCUGCGUGGUGCAAAUAUCUUGAACUACCUCUAUCCGGCGAAACGAAUCUUGAUGAUCCCGAUGAAUGGACCUUCAACCCUCUCGACAGGCGGCCAAUUACCACCUGAUACAUAUUGCUAUAUUGAAGGCCGGCCGACCCUCGCUGGUGAGAACAUUGACGUUGUUUUUGUCGGGUUCGAGGUGACAAAUGAGAGCAAAUAG